GAGGCUGUUCGUCGUAGACGCAACGAUGGCUACCGCUGCAGCAAAACAAGGGUCUAAAAUUGUGUCCAAAGCAGGUGCGGGAGGCACCGGUACGGCGGGGGCCGGUGGCGGGCCCCCGGUAAUUCCUCUUGCCUCUCCGCUAAUGGGGAAAAAGAAGAAGCCGUUUCUGGGGAUGCCCGCUCCGCUGGGUUACGUUCCUGGUCUGGGCAGAGGAGCCACUGGUUUCACCACACGGUCUGAUAUCGGUCCUGCUCGUGAUGCCAAUGAUCCUGUGGAUGAUCGACAUGCACCCCCGGGAAAACGGACCGUUGGGGACCAAAUGAAAAAGAGCCAGGAGGAAGAUGACGAAGAUCUGAACGACACCAACUAUGACGAGUUUAAUGGUUAUGCAGGUAGCUUGUUCUCCAGCGGGCCUUAUGAAAAAGAUGAUGAAGAAGCAGAUGCGAUAUAUGCAGCUCUGGAUAAAAGGAUGGAUGAAAGACGCAAAGAAAGAAGGGAGCUGAGAGAAAAGGAAGAAAUUGAAAAGUAUCGUAUGGAGCGACCCAAAAUCCAGCAGCAAUUCUCAGACCUAAAGAGGAAAUUGGCAGAAGUGUCUGAGGAGGAGUGGCUGAGCAUCCCCGAAGUUGGAGAUGCCAGGAACAAGCGGCAAAGGAAUCCCCGUUAUGAGAAGCUCACUCCUGUCCCUGACAGCUUCUUCUCUAAGCACCUGCAGACUGGGGAAAACCACACCUCUGUUGAUCCUUUACAAGGGUUGGGUGGCCUGAACACACCAUACCCAGGCAGUAUGACCCCUGGUCUGAUGACUCCUGGGACAGGAGAAUUGGACAUGAGGAAGAUUGGUCAAGCCAGAAACACCCUGAUGGAUAUGAGGCUCAGUCAGGUUUCUGACUCAGUCAGUGGACAGACAGUAGUGGAUCCCAAGGGUUACCUGACAGAUCUCAACUCCAUGAUCCCCACUUAUGGAGGAGACAUUAGUGACAUCAAGAAAGCUCGUCUGCUGCUGAAAUCAGUGAGAGAGACUAAUCCUCAUCACCCACCUGCCUGGAUUGCUUCUGCCAGGCUGGAAGAAGUAACAGGCAAACUGCAGGUGGCCAGGAACCUGAUCAUGAAAGGCACAGAGAUGUGUCCUAAGAGUGAGGAUGUUUGGCUGGAGGCAGCUAGGCUCCAGCCUGGUGACACAGCUAAAGCUGUGGUGGCUCAGGCUGUUCGUCACCUCCCACAGUCUGUCCGCAUCUACAUCAGGGCUGCAGAGCUGGAGACAGACAUCAGAGCUAAGAAACGAGUCCUCAAAAAGGCCUUGGAGAAUGUAUCAAAGUCUGUUCGACUGUGGAAAACUGCUGUUGAGCUGGAGGACCCGGAGGAUGCCAGGAUCAUGCUCAGCAGAGCUGUGGAGUGCUGUCCUACCAGUGUGGAGCUAUGGUUGGCGUUAGCCCGUCUUGAAACAUACGAGAAUGCCCGCCGUGUCUUGAAUAAAGCUCGAGAGAACAUCCCCACUGACCGCCACAUCUGGAUCACAGCUGCUAAGUUGGAGGAGGCCAACGGCAACACUCAGAUGGUAGACAAGAUCAUUGACAGAGCCAUCACUUCUCUGCGAGCCAACGGUGUGGAGAUCAACCGAGAGCAGUGGAUACAGGACGCAGAAGAGUGUGACAAAGCAGGCAGUGUGGCUACUUGCCAAGCGGUCAUAAGGGCUGUCAUAGGAAUUGGGAUUGAUGAGGAGGACCGUAAACACACCUGGAUGGAGGAUGCAGAUAGCUGUGUGGCUCAUGGAGCGCUGGAGUGUUCCAGGGCCAUCUAUGCUCAUGCCCUGCAGGUGUUUCCCAGUAAGAAAAGUGUCUGGCUUAGAGCAGCCUACUUUGAGAAGAACCAUGGCACCAGAGAGUCUUUGGAGGCUCUGCUGCAGAGAGCUGUGGCUCACUGUCCCAAAGCAGAGGUCCUGUGGUUGAUGGGGGCCAAGUCCAAGUGGCUGGCUGGAGAUGUGCCAGCAGCUAGGAGUAUCCUUGCUCUUGCCUUUCAGGCUAACCCCAACAGUGAAGAAAUCUGGCUGGCUGCUAUCAAACUGGAGUCUGAAAAUAAUGAGUAUGAAAGAGCUCGUCGACUGCUGGCCAAGGCUCGCAGCAGUGCACCCACAGCCCGGGUAUUCAUGAAGUCGGUGAAGUUGGAGUGGGUGUUGGGGAACAUCGAAGCUGCCCAGGACUUGUGCACCGAGGCUCUGAAACACUACGAGGACUUCCCCAAGCUUUGGAUGAUGCGAGGGCAAAUCGAGGAGCAGUGUGAAAACAUGGACCGAGCCAGAGAGGGUUAUAACCAAGGGUUGAAAAAGUGCCCCCACUCAGUGCCCCUGUGGCUGCUGCUGUCUCAUCUUGAAGAAAGGGUUGGACAGCUGACCAGGGCCAGAGCCAUUCUGGAGAAGGCUCGGCUCAAGAACCCGCAGUGCCCCGAGCUGUGGUUGGAGUCUGUCAGACUGGAGUUUCGGGCCGGACUGAAAAACAUUUCCAACACACUGAUGGCCAAAGCUCUGCAGGAGUGCCCAAAUUCAGGCAUCCUGUGGGCUGAGGCCGUGCUCUUGGAGGCCAGACCUCAGAGGAAGACCAAGAGCGUUGACGCUUUGAAGAAAUGUGAACACGAUCCUCACGUUCUGCUCGCUGUAGCGAAGUUGUUCUGGAGUGAACGUAAGAUCACCAAAGCCCGGGAGUGGUUCCUCAGGACUGUCAAGAUUGAGCCAGACCUGGGAGAUGCUUGGGCUCUCUUCUACAAGUUUGAGCUGCAGCAUGGCACAGAGGAACAGCAGGAAGAGGUGCGGAAGCGAUGUGAGAAUGCAGAGCCCCGUCACGGAGAGCUGUGGUGUGCCGAGUCCAAACAUGUCCUGAACUGGCAGAAGAAAACAGGAGAGAUAUUAGUGCAGGUAGCCAGCAAGAUCAAGAACACUUUCUAAUGUGUGCAAAAGUUGGACUGAGAACACCUGGAGGACUCUGGCAGUCACCAGCUGCACGGGGAGCAAUUAUGGACACGCUUGUUCUUUCCCAGGACUCCUUGUGUCACACACUCUU